UAAAACUAUGACGUCACAUCAGCUACACAACCGGUUGUAUUUAGGCGAAGGCAUGUGCGCUGGUUUCUCUUGAUAUUACUGCAAUGGGAAGAAAAAGCAAACGCUCGAAGGCUGCAUCAAAUGAAAAUGGGGACAGCGGUGGUCUCAGCAAAUCUCAGAGGAAAGAACUGAUGGAUUUGACCAAGCAGUUACUCGAAAAAUGUGUGAAGCCAAGUGAACAGAAUGAAUGGGGGAACUUUCUGGAAAUUCACGAUUUGGUAGAAAGAGUCAGAAAGCUACAAGAGGGUCAUAAUUUCCUUCCUGGAGACAGAGAGACACAUUUCCCAGUAUUUUUGACUUGGCUGAAGGACAAUUGGGUAGAUACAACAGCAGUCAGCAUCAGAAAGUUUGAACAUACUGGUUAUGGAUUAGAAGCUAAAAAAGAAGUGCAGGAAAGUCAGCUCCUCCUGACCAUCCCCAGGAAAUUGAUGCUAACAACAGAAUCUGCUAAACUAACAUGUCUCGGUUCACUUGUUGACAGUGAUCCUCUACUGCAGAGUAUGCCAACAGUGGUUCUUGCCUUACACCUCCUUAUUGAGAGAUGUGAUGUGAAUUCCUUAUGGAGACCUUACAUAGAUACUCUACCAGAAAGUUUUUCAACUCCGCUGUAUUUCACCCCAGAUGAAAUCCAGUUACUGAAAGGAUCUCCUGUCAUGAGUGAAGUCCUGAAGCAAUAUAAACACAUAGCAAGACAAUAUGCAUAUCUUCACAAGUUAUUUCAAGGUUUACCUGAUGGCAAGUGUCCUCUCAAACACCAGUUCACCUAUGAUGACUACAGGUGGGCAGUGUCAGCAAUAAUGACAAGACAGAACCAGAUUCCUACACCAGAUGGACAACAGAUGAUCAACGCUUUAAUUCCCUUCUGGGACAUGUGCAAUCAUACUAAUGGACAGUUCACAACAGAUUACAAUUUAGAGAAGGACUGCAGUGAAUGUUUUGCCCUCAGAAAUUUCAAGGAAGGAGAGCAGAUCUACAUCUUCUAUGGCUCCCGGAGUAAUGCACAACUUCUCCUAUACAGUGGUUUUGUCUUCCCAGAAAACCAGAAUGACACAUUGGACAUAAAACUAGGGAUAAGUAAAAAUGAUCCAUUAUAUACAUUAAAGAUAAAUUUGCUCACAAAGUUAGGAAUAAUAGGUUCUGGAAUGUUCAGCUUGUACUGUGGAGAGCAGCCUGUUGAUAGCAAGCUACUGGCCUUCCUUAGGAUAUUUAACAUGAAUGAAGAACAACUAAAGCAGAUCUCUGAAGAAGAAUGCCUGGAGAAGCUUGGAGAUCUGGAGUCAGACGUGUCCCAGGAGUUAGAACAGAAAGUAUGGAGUUUUCUAGAAACAAGAUGUUCUCUUUUGCUGAGGUCUUAUCAAAACUUUGAGGAUAAUGGCAAGAUUUCAGAUGGUGACACUCGGUCAGAUAAUGCAAGACUUUGCCUGCAGUUGAGAAAAUGCGAAAAGUCCAUACUUCAGAAAACUUUAGAAUUUGCCAAAUCCAAAAAGGAGAAAUAUAAUAUUAAUGAAUUGGCAUAAUCCUGAACCUUAUCUUCUAAUUCACCAAUCUUUACUUAGAUUGGAACAGGUUCUGUGUGCCUUGUGUAGAAAACUUUUCCAUGUGGAAAAUGUUUUUGCCAAAUAUGAUUUUUAUUCCUAGAAAUGACAUAAUUAUGAGGAAAUAAAUAAAAUUAGUUUUCUUUUUUCAUAUAUUGGUUGGUCUGAUGAUAGACACUGAUGAAAGCUUUACUGUAAGCUUGUGUUGAUGCAAAUUUUUUUCCUAUCCUGAAUAAUAUAUGAAAUGUUUUAUUUCUUUUGAUAAUUGUAUGAAAAAAUUGAUUUGUUUUGGAACAUUUGAAGAAAGACCCUAAGUUAUGAAAGAAGCAGGGGAAAGCACACUCCUUAAUGAUAUUAACAUGUUCAAGAUUUUAUUUCCUGUUAGAAUUGAUUGAAAACUUUUCUUACUUAAAGGGGCAUUUUAUACAAUAUAACAACAUUUGCAGCUUACUCUAGAAAAUAAAACACUUCUGUGCCAUACAAUUUACAAAGACAUUUAAACUCUGUUGUUAAUUUAUGUUUUGUGUCACCACAAUUUCUCUUGGUGGUAGAGUGGUGAGAUCUACAUGAAUAAAACUUUUAUAAAAAGGAAUAGAUUUGGGUUCAUUCUUUUUCUGGCAAUACCAAUUCUUAAAUUGGUUGA